AUGAUGACAGAGAGCCCAAGAGAACCCACUAUGAUGACAGAGAGCCCAAGUGAACCCACUAUGAUGACAGAGAUCCCAAGAGAACCCACUAUGAUGACAGAGAGCCCAAGUGAACCCACUAUGAUGACAGAGAGCCCAAGUGAACCCACUAUGAUGACAGAGAGCCCAAGUGAACCCACUAUGAUGACAGAGAGCCCAAGUGAACCCACUAUGAUGACAGAGAGCCCAAGUGAACCCACUAUGAUGACAGAGAGCCCAAGUGAACCCACUAUGAUGACAGAGAGUCCAAGUGAACCCACUAUGAUGACAGAGAGCCCAAGAGAACCCACUAUGAUGACAGAGAGCCCAAGUGAACCCACUAUGAUGACAGAGAGCCCAAGUGAACCCACUAUGAUGACAGAGAGCCCAAGUGAACCCACUAUGAUGACAGAGAGCCCAAGUGAACCCACUAUGAUGACAGAGAGUCCAAGAGAACCCACUAUGAUGACAGAGCCCAAGUGA